CUAAUCCUUUGUUUUUAUCCUCAAACUAUACAACCUAUCCCGAACACAAGCUCAGAAUAAUAACUCAAGCACAAAGCACAAACAUGGCUACAGCAAACACAACGACUUCCACCAGCUCCAGGAAUGCAGCCACGCGUGUACAAAACUCCUUGGUCUCGUCCUUUGCCAACAUGAUCUUUGCCGCCAAUCCACACACAACCGCCUUCUCGGUCCUAGCUAACGUCCACCAAGCCGAGACACUUUCACACUCCAACGACAUGCCGUCCAAGUCCUCAGUAUGCACUUUGGAUACUAAUUACCAGUCGCCGCAGGAUAAGCAUUCUGCCCCCGCUCGUAACAAUGGCUUCUCUCACUGCGGCUUUGGGGGCUGUGGAGCAUCCGCUUCAGCUCUUGAUCUUACCCCAUCAAGCCUUCUCUCUCAGGAGCUUCCACAGUCUAAGGAAAAGGGAAACAAGUCGUUCUACUUCUGCCAUAAACAGCAAUCCUAUAAUGAACAACUUGAUACGUCGGACCCGGGUAUCGCGGCGUGUACCAUCUAAGAAGAAUCAGCUCCGGAAAGAUUCUACUUACAACUGCACGAAUGUAUACCCGCAUGUAGAGACAAUGGAUAUGUGCCAGUACGACGGUAAUUCCGAGGAUGAGGACGCCGUUCUCUUGAGGAGGAUGUGGGCCAACAGUGGUGUAGGUUAUGACGAUUUCUCUGCCAGCGAGAGAAGCGACAGUGAUUGUGAUUAUGACAGCGACAGCGUCUCGUUCGCAUCCUCUGUGGACUACAUGAGUGAUGGCGAGCUCUUGGUCGAGUUUGGAAGGAAGCCUCGGGUGUUCGACGAUGCCGCGACCAUGACCUUCUAUAUCUCGCCUUUGGCCAUCAACCAGCUGGCGUCCGGUCUAUGGACACGAUCUUGUCCUGCCUGCGUGAUCAUCAACACCAGUAUCCCGAGACGAACGCGCUUUGACGAUAUGGACUGGUCUGCAGAUGCGAUCCGUAUGCUUAACACACCUAACGCUGGCGGCAGCUCGCUCCUAUCCGAGGUCCUGUCCUGUGAAAUGCUCAACCGCUGCCUAGGCGCCAAACUUGCCAAGACGGAGAUGGAGAUCCAAUACCUGUUUGCGUACCAACCUAUCACGGACUACUCAAUCACCCUGCAGAACCUGCCUCCGCGGGUGCACGUCGGUGUCUCUGUGACGCGAGCAUUCGCCUUCAAGGGUGCGUAUCGCAAGGCAGAUUGCCGAAAGUUGCUCUGGAAGAAGCUCUCGGGUAUCUUGGCCUCGACCCGGAACGUGAUCGACGAGCGCUUCUUCAAGCAGAUCCUGCACGUCUGGGUUCCGAAUGGCAAGACUGCUAGAACAGUACAGGCGACAUACAAGAGCCUUCCGAUCGAGGUUACCCGGAACACUGUUGUCAUCGUCUCGGUAGUGAAUGCCGCGUGGGUCUUCAGCAAUCGUCGGUGAAGCGAUUUUUUUUUUUCCAAACUAUAUAUAUUUUAUUAAUAAAAGUACAUGCUGAUAG